AUGAUGACGAUAUAUACAAACAUAACAAAAAUCAAAGACUUCAUGAUACUUGGAUUCCCAGGACUUGAGCCAUCAUAUUAUGGACCAGUGUCAGGCCUUCUUUUCUUCACGUACUUGGUAAUUGUGGCUGGAAACACUUUUAUUUUACUUACUGUUGGUUGUGAGAGGACACUUCAUAAGCCAACAUAUCUGAUCUUCUGUCAUCUGGCAAUGAAUGAUUUACUAUUUGGGACUGUGACGCUACCAAAAAUAAUAUCCAGAUAUUGGUGGGAUGACAAGAUUGCAUCGUUUGGUGCCUGCUUCACUCAGAUGUACUUUGUUCAUUCAUUAGGAGCUAUUCACUCCCUCAUUCUGCUGAUUAUGACCCUUGAUCGUUUCAUUGCCAUUUGUAUUCCUUUUCGAUAUCCUGCUCUGAUUACGAACCGUUCCAUUUCCAUUGCUUGUUAUUUGUCUUGGGCUGCGACAUUUAUUAGGAUGACUGGAGUUGUGUCUCAUGCCCUUAGCUUGCCUUAUUGUGACUCUAAUGUCAUUGUGCAGUGCUACUGUGACCAUAUUUCAAUUACAAACCUUGCAUGCGGGGAAAAUGUGAAAUAUGUUCAGGCUGUUGCUGUGGGUCUUGCCAUGUUUAGUCUCUUACUUCCGGUUACAUUUAUCAUCUUCUCCUAUUUUGCCAUCUUUGUGGUGGUUCUGAGAAUGUCAAACGUGGAUGGACGCUUCAGAACCUUGUCAACUUGCACACCACAGAUGUUCGUUACAUGCCUGUAUUACCUACCUAGAUGUUUUGUUUAUCUGGCUCAUGCUGUGGGAUAUUCUUUCAGUUUAGAUGUUCGCAUUUUACUGAUACUGUUGUACAGCCUUUUCCCGGCUGCUGUUAAUCCAGUCAUAUAUUGUUUCAAAACUAAGGAAAUAAAGGAGACUUUGAUGAAGAGGCUAGAAAAACUAAGAUUGAAGUAA